CUGUCCCAGGAUAAUUAUCAGAAAUUUGGUAAAUUACACGGAUUAUUUAUGGGCACUACACCCGUACUAAAUGUGGUCGACCCGGAGUUAAUCAAAAUCAUGAAUAUAAAGGAUUUUAAUGUAUUUGUCAAUAGAAAUGGAUUUUCAUUCAAUGAUGCCCUACAGGACAGGGGUUUGUUUAAUCUGAUGGGAGACGAGUGGAAGACUAUGCGAUCGAUUAUAAGUCCGACGUUUUCGAGUGGAAAGAUGCGAUCAAUGCAUCCCAUUAUCAUUGAUUGUGUCCACAGAUUAGACAACUAUUUGGAGACCAAAGCCAUGUCUGGAGAAGACGUGGAGAUGAAGAAAACGAUGGGAAGCCUAACGAUGGAUGUGAUCGCUUCGUGUGCUUUCGGCACCAAAAUAGACACAUAUAAUGACCAUAAGACCAAUGAAUUCAUAGUAAAUGCCAGUAAAGUAUUACGAGGCAGUCGGUGGAGAAUAUUCGUGUUCACCAUUUUAAUCAGUAUAUCACAAAACCUUCAGAAGUGGACAGGAUUUCAAUUCUUGGAUCCAUCAGUCAAUAGGUUCUUCACAUCAGCGAUUACGGCUAUUCUGGCGAAACGUAAGUCAGAGAAAGUGCGACAAAGAGAUUAUCUUCAGCUCAUGAUUGACGCCCAGAACCGCAUGAAUACAGACAAUGAGAUAGACAUGAAUGACUUGAAUGAAGAUAUCUUUGGAAAGUCGGAGUCAACGGAGAUAUUAAAUAAAUCAAAGAAUACUUUGUUGACAGACAUCGAUAUAUUGGCCAAUAGUUUUAUAUUUUUAGUGGCCGGAUAUGAGACUACCGGUGCUCUGCUGUCGUAUCUGUUUUAUAGUCUGGCACUCAAUGAGAAGUGUCAGCAAAAACUGUACGAAGAAGUGAAUGGUUUGGACGGAAAGUAUGAUUACGAGAGUGUCUCGAAAAUGCCGUAUUUGGAGGCAUGUAUUGCCGAAACACUCAGACUUUAUAAUCCCAUUCCAGCCGUUAGUCGAUUAGCUUCAGAGGAUUACACAAUCGGAGACACAGGAUUAACAAUACCAAAGGGAAUGAUGGUAAACAUCGACAUCCAUGCCCUCCAUCACAGCCCUGAGUACUACACAAACCCAGAGGUCUGGGAUCCCGAGAGGUUUAUGCCGGAGAAUAGGGACCAAUUGACUCCAUACACGUAUAUGCCGUUCGGGACGGGACCCCGAAAUUGUGUGGGAAUGAGGUUUGCAUUAAUGGAGGCCAAGACAGCUGUCGCUCAUUUGGUCCAUAAAUAUAAAUUCAAGACAACACCCAAUACAACAAUUCCCCUUAAACUUAAAAAGUUUGAGUUUUUCUUAAAUACCGGUGCUGUUAAUAUUGGGCUCGAAAUGAGAAUCUAA